AAAAAAAGGAAGACAAAGAAAAAAAGGUCAUUGUCUAGAUAGACCUGCUUCAGGAAUCUCUCCACUCUCAGUCACUCUCGUUUCCUCCCUUGUUGAUAGAAAGAGAGUAGAAUCAAGCUUUCUGCUUAGACUCUCCAGCUUGCUUUCGCUGCUAACCACGACAUCCUCAACGGUAGCCCACACUCAGUACUCGCCAUCUGUCCCGGUUUAUGGAGAAAACCCCCCAGACGCAGGGCCCUGGCCAACAAGGCCAUGGGAUCCUGUCCAGCCCUGCACACUGCUUGACCUAUGAAGAAGCAAUUCGAGAGUUGACCACUCAUCCCGAUGACGGGCUCACGGCGGAGGAGGCGAAGAAGCGCCUCGAGACCUACGGCCCCAACAUGCUUGACGAAGGUGAAGGCGUCUCCGUCGUCAAAAUCCUUAUCCGUCAAGUAGCAAACGCAAUGAUGCUAGUCCUUAUCAUGGCCAUGGCUGUGAGCUUCGGAAUCCAGUCCUUCAUCGAAGGAGGAGUCGUUGCUGCUGUGAUUAUCUUGAACAUCAUCGUGGGAUUUUUCCAGGAAUAUGCUGCGGAAAAGACCAUGGAUUCCCUACGCUCCCUAAGCUCCCCUACUGGAACGGUCUCUCGUGAGGGCCAGACCAAAGUUAUCCCCUCGACGGACAUCGUUCCCGGAGACAUGGUAGAGCUUAAAACCGGCGAUACUGUUCCCGCUGAUAUCAGGCUUGUUGAGGCUGUCAAUUUUGAAACAGACGAGGCACUCCUCACUGGCGAAUCCCUUCCUGUUCAAAAAGAUGCUGAACUUACCUUCAAGGAGGAUGUGGGCCCGGGAGAUCGCCUUAAUAUCGCUUAUAGCUCUUCCACCGUCACCCGAGGACGCGCCCGCGGAGUCGUCGUGGCAACAGGAAUGAAAACGGAAAUCGGUUCGAUUGCCGCUGCACUUCGUGCCUCUAACAGCAAGCGUCGUCCAGUGAAGCGUGGCCCUGGCGGUGAAACGAAGAAGCGCUGGUACUUGCAGGCCUGGGCCCUGACCGGAACCGACGCUGUGGGCAGAUUCCUCGGCGUCAACGUCGGGACCCCUUUGCAACGAAAAUUGUCCAAACUUGCCCUGAUUCUCUUCGGUGUUGCUGUUCUCUUUGCGAUUAUUGUCAUGAGCGCCAACAAAUGGAGCGACUCAAACGAAGUCAUUAUCUACGCAGUUGCUACUGGCCUGAGUAUGAUUCCCGCCUGUCUUGUGGUCGUCUUGACAAUCACCAUGGCCGUCGGUACGAAGCGAAUGGUGCAGAGGAACGUCAUUGUUCGAAAGCUCGACUCCCUAGAGGCCCUCGGUGCGGUUACCAACAUUUGCUCUGACAAAACUGGCACACUCACCCAGGGCAAGAUGGUUGCCAAAAAGGCGUGGAUCCCGUCGAUGGGCACCUUCUCGGUAGGCACAUCUAACGAGCCCUUCAAUCCAGAAAUCGGCGACCUGGGCUUCGACAACCUUCCGCCUUCCCAGAUGGACCCGGAUGCCCCUCUGAGUCCUAUAUCAGCACAAGACUUCGUGGAGAACAAUGCCUUGGAGACCUUCCUUAACAUUGCUGCAAUGGCGAAUCUGUCCCACGUCUAUAAGUCAGAGACCGGUCAGUGGCAUGCUCGCGGUGAACCAACUGAAAUUGCUAUUCAAGUUUUCGCUUCUCGGUUUAAUUGGAACAGAGAUCGAUGGACCAAGGGCCAUGAUGCAAUCUGGCAUCAGAAAGCAGAAUUCCCAUUCGAUUCCGACGUGAAGAAGAUGUCCGUCAUCUUCCACAAGAUCACCCAAUCGGAAGACCGGCAGAUGGUGUUCUCCAAGGGAGCUGUCGAGCGCAUUAUCGAUGCUUGCACAACCAUCGUUUUGGACAAGGAUACUGGUGCGGUCCCUAUGACCGAUGAGAUCCGUGACCAGAUCCUUGAGAACAUGGAAUCUUUGGCGAAACAGGGUCUUCGUGUCUUGGGUCUCGCUGCUCGUGAAUACACCGGGUCUGUCCUCGAGGAUUCAGAGAUCAGCCGAGAUGACGUUGAAAAGAACUUGCGAUUCCAUGGCUUGAUUGGAUUGUAUGAUCCCCCUCGUCCAGAGACUGCGGGUGCUAUCAAGGAAUGCUACAACGCCGGAAUUGAAGUCCAUAUGGUUACCGGCGAUCAUCCAGGUACGGCUCGUGCUAUUGCUGCACAGAUUGGCAUCAUCCCGGCCGAUAUGAGCUCGGUUUCAAAGGAUGUCGCAGACGCAAUGGUUAUGACCGCUAGUCAAUUUGACAAAUUGUCUGAUGAGGAAAUCGACGCUUUGCCCACUCUCCCGCUUGUUAUUGCUCGAUGCGCGCCUCACACAAAGGUCCGUAUGAUUCAAGCAUUGCACCGACGUGGACGUUUUGCUGCUAUGACUGGUGACGGUGUCAACGACUCUCCGUCGUUGAAGCAUGCCGACGUCGGUAUUGCAAUGGGCCAGGCCGGAUCUGAUGUUGCCAAAGACGCUUCCGAUAUUGUGUUGACUGACGACAACUUCGCUUCAAUCCUUAACGCCAUCGAAGAAGGCCGCCGUAUUUUCGACAACAUUCAGAAGUUCGUCCUCCACUUGCUGGCUGAAAAUAUUGCCCAAGCCUGUACACUUUUGAUCGGAUUGGCGUUUAAAGAUCAAAACAAUCAAUCCGUCUUCCCACUCGCUCCCGUCGAAAUUCUGUGGAUCAUCAUGAUUACUUCUGGAAUGCCGGACAUGGGUCUUGGUAUGGAAGUUGCCGCACCUGAUAUCAUGGACAGGCCACCGCAGAGCAAACAAGGAAUUUUCACUACGGAAAUCAUUGUUGAUAUCCUCGCAUAUGGUAUUUGGAUGUCCGCUCUUUGUCUCGCCGCAUUCUCCCUUGUCAUGUUCGGUUUCGGCGAUGGAGAUCUAGGAGUCCAUUGCAACGAGGAGUACUCCGAGGUGUGCGACACCGUGUUCCGCGCCCGAGCAACAACAUUUGUUUGCCUGACUUGGUUCGCUCUCUUCCUCGCCUGGGAGAUGGUUAACAUGCGCCGCAGCUUCUUCCGCAUGCAGCCCAAGUCCAAGAAAUACUUCACUCAGUGGAUGUACGACGUGUGGCGCAACAAAUUCCUCUUCUGGGCCAUUAUGGCGGGAUUCAUCACCAUCUUCCCUCUUCUCUACAUUCCUGUCAUCAACCAUAAAGUCUUCAAACACACCGGUAUUACCUGGGAAUGGGGGAUCGUUUUCAUCGAGGCUUUCCUGUUUUUCUUGGGCGUUGAAGCCUGGAAAUGGGGCAAGCGCAUCUACUUCCGACGCCGCACCCAAAGGCAAGAGAAGGUUCCCCAUGGAGUGGGUGAACGGGUCGAAGACGACGAGCAAUGACUCCUGCUUAAAGCUGGAUUCCCACUCCAGCAUUUUUCGGCUGAUCAAGGCGCCUGGCUGAUAGGUACGCCGCACAUAGUGCUAUUUGAAAAUGCUGACUUGGACAUUGCACAUAAGCAUCUUGCGUUCUGUUUUUUGGAGAGCAUGAAAGAGGUAUGUAUAUGGCUGAUUUCAUCGAGUAUGGAUGAUCAAAAGAGCAUACGACAGCCCGAUAGGGGAUUUUGUGUAGCUCGCUUUUCAGUUGAUGAUUGCUGUAGUGGAUACCCAGUUGAUUUCAUAGAUGUUGGAAAGGUAGAAAUAAGAGUAGUUUUAGGUAGCUAUAAAAAAAGUAAUUUUAUCUUGC